AUGAUAAAAUUCAAUAGAAAACUGUUUAUAAGAAAACUCAUUCAAGUUGGCAAGAGGAACUUACAACGUUAUUCAGAAUUUGUUGAAUUAAGACGGUUCGUACGUAGACAAAGUGGCUUCCAUUAUCUUACAGUGAGAGAAGCCAAGAUGGUAAAAUGCCACGUGGAGACGGUGGACCGUGCAUUCUUCCGCCGAUUUCCAAUCCUUCAUCAUACAGAUAUGAAUUUAACUUUUGCCCUAACUUGCGUAAUGGCAGUCAUUUGGUUAUUUUUUGCAAAAUGUGAAACAGAAAUCGUUACCAAUUUACGUCGAAGAUUCCGUAACCGCCCUUUAUUAAGAGAAUAUAACGUGGAAAAUCUCCUUCUCGAAGAAGAUGAUUUUACAGAUUUAAAUAAACGACAGCAGUUUGACGAUUAUGGUCAUCUGAGAUUUGGGAAACGAGAACAAUUUGAAGAUUAUGGUCAUAUGAGAUUUGGCAGGAGUCACGAGUGA